AUGGUUGUAAAAGUAGAUACAGGAGAAGUGGAAUUGGGAGUCGUAUCUGCUUAUGCGCCACAGAUGGGCUGUAGUGAAGAAGAGAAGUCGUGCUUUUGGGAAGAUCUGGAGCAGUACGUCCAAUCCCUGGAAAGCGAAGAAGUACUUUUAAUCGGAGGAGACUUCAACGGACAUGUCGGUUCCCGGAAAGACGGAUUCGAGAGUUGUCAUGGUGGAUACGGCUAUGGAGCUCGUAACGACGACGGGUUGCGAAUCCUGGAGUAUGCUGUUGCAAGUGACUUGAUCAUUGCUAACACGCAGUAUCGGAAAAGAAAAUCGCAUUUGAUCACGUACACCAGCGGCGGUCGUGAAACACAAAUAGAUUUCUGGAUGUUACGCCGACGAGAUCGCCGACUUCUGCAGGAUUCAAAAGUCAUCCUUACAGACCAUGUCGCUGCCCAACACCAUCUGCUCGUUAUGGACUUGAAAAUCUCCCGUCCAAGGAAGAGACAUCCAAGGACUGAAACACAGCGCAUCAAAUGGUGGAAUCUGAAGGAUCGAAAGGAGGUAUUUUUCGCGUCCGUGGCUCCAUCUACACUUCCCCACCCUACUCGUAGUGUGGAGGAAAUGUGGUUGUCUACUUCCAGCGUUAUACGCUUGACCGCGGAAUACAUUCUGGGAAAGACGACUCUAGGUAAGCCAAAGGUACAAAAGGCUACGUGGUUUUGGAACGAGGAAAUUCAGGCGGCAAUUCGUGAGAAGAAGUCCAAGUAUAAGCUCUGGUGGAGGACGCGUCAGCCUGAAGAUCGGGGUGUUUACCUAGCGGCGAAGAGGGAGGCUAAGAAGGCAGUCUCCAAGGCGAAGUCGGACCGCUACAAGGCUGUGUACGACAUGCUUGAUACCAGAGAAGGUGAGCGGGCAGUGUAUCGUUUAGUCAGAGCACGUCAUCGCUCAACGUUGGAUAUGGAGCACACCAAGAUCGUUAAGGGAGCUGAUGGAGCCGUUCUGCGCCGCUCUGGUCAGAUCCUGGAGAGGUGGCGAGAGUACUACAAUCACUUGUGUAACGAAGAGUUCUGUCAUCCUCCCAUCCCAACCGUUCCCAGCGUCGAGGGUCCUGUUCUACCAAUUACUGCCGUCGAAGUCAGUGCUGCCCUCGCAAAAAUGAAGUCGAACAAGGCAACCGGUUCUGAUGACAUACCUGUUGAUAUCUGGAAGCUGCUAGGAGAUCGAGGGUCCAUGUGGCUCGCAACUCUAUUUAACAAGAUCGUUGCAGAAGGACGGACUCCAGACGUUUGGCAAACUUCCGUGACCGUGCCUGUCUGGAAAGGGAAAGGAAACAUUGCUGACUGCACCUCGUACAGGCUUAUACGACUGCUGUGCCAUACGAUGAAGGUUUUUGAGCGUGUCCUGGAGGCUCGUCUGAGGAAAAUUGUCAGCGUUUCACUCAACCAGUGCGGUUUUGUGAAGAACUGCAGCACUAUAGAUGCUAUCCAUGCUGUCCGAAUCCUCCUGGAGAAACAUCGAGAGAAGAACCGCAGUGUGCAUCUUGCUUUUCUCGAUCUCGAGAAAGCUUUCGACCGUGUCCCACAUGAGCUGUUAUGA